CGGAAGGGCAAAGCCUCUUACUUAAAAUUCCUUAGCAAGGAAGACAACCUUGUGAUAAUAAUAAUAGUAACGGCAGCAUUUGAAUAGCAGGUAUAAGAAGGUCCUUGCAUAUACCAACUCAACCCUCUCUGUAGAUAUUUAGAAUUGGAUCUCCCAAAUUCGUCCAGGCGGGGGUCCUAAAAUAUAUGAUUUAGGCCAUAUAAUUAGAUUAUCCAGGUUUAGGGAAAUUGUUGGCAGGAAAACAAAACUCAUCUUGGAAGGAUCCAGCAGAUUCAUUACACAAAAGAAAGGAGAUUGAGUCAAGAUGUCAAUGAUGGAUUCAUUCUUCAACAGAGGAGGCUUCAAAGGAGCGAGAUGCAAAACUGCUCUGAAGUUGACUAUUCCACGUAUAAAAUUGCUAAGAAAUAAGAAGGAGGUCCAGUUGAGGCAGAUGCGGAGAGAGAUUGCACAGCUUCUUCAGACUGGCCAAGAAGCAACUGCCCGAAUUCGGGUGGAGCAUAUAACACGUGAGCAGAACAUCUUGGCUGCCUAUGAAGUUAUUGAACUCUUCUGUGAACUUGUGGUUGUUCGCCUCCCUAUUAUUGAAACCCAGAGAGAAUGCCCAUUGGACUUAAAAGAAUCUAUAUCUAGUUUGUGUUUUGCUGCUCCUCGAUGUUCAGACUUGCCAGAAUUACUACAAGUACAACAAAUGUUUGCUGCCAAGUAUGGGAGGGAAUUUGUCAUGGCUGCAUCUGAACUCAGGCCUGAUUGUGGUGUUAAUCGCCAGAUUAUCGAAAAGCUUUCAGUACGUGCUCCUCCUGCUGAAGUGAAAUUGAAGUUAAUGAAGGAAAUAGCUGAAGAACAUGAAGUUGACUGGGACUCAUCUAACACAGAAGCUGAAUUCUUCAAGUUGCAUGAAGAUUUGCUUGAUGGACCCACUCAUUUUCUUAGUGGGUCAAAAAUGCCACUCCCAGAUGAAAAGGAUCAAUCUCAGUUAUCAGUUAAACAUACAAGCAAGGGUUCCAACUCAGAGACAGCUACUGACGAUUCAGAUCUUCCAGAAGUUACUACCCAAGCAGUUGCAGGGAGCACAGAAGCAGAACUAGCUGGAGAAACAUCGCCUUCCAUGGAAUCCUCUCCUAUGCCUACUGAAUUAGAAGAAUCUGUUAACAGGGGUAGCAAUGACUCUGUUGUGCACUUAUCACCCCUUGGAUCAGAUGUUCCAGUUGUGAAUAUAGAAUCUCCAGUUGGAUCACCUACAGCUUUCAAUACGUCUGAAGGCUCAUUCAAGCAGAAGCAGUUUGUGCCAUUUAUCUCUUCACCUCCCCCUACUAAAUUUCCGGAGAAGUCAGUGAUGAGUAGAGAGCCAGACUCAAGAGCAAUAAGUGAAGGCAACAUGGACUUGCAAGAUGUUUUGGCAGCCGCACAAGCAGCUGCAGAAUCUGCGGAUCGUGCAGCAGCAGCUGCUCGUGCUGCAGCUGACCUAGCAAAGGUUAAGAUUUCUGAGUUGAGUGCAAGAUCAGGUUCUAGAAGUUUCAGAAGGGAUGAUAACGAUCAUAUUCUAGCAGAUGACAGCAAAGAGACUGUUUAUUCUGGCAAGCAAAGCCUGCCACUAGACACUCAAUCUGAGCAGAUUUCAGAAACCGAACAACGAGAAACUGAUAUUUUUGAUCUGAAUUUAGAAAGAUCUGAAAAUAGAGGAGAAAGUGAGUUGGAUGCAUUUCAUCUAAUUCACAAUAACAGCAACACCAUUCAGGCCGAUAAUAUUUCUCCACCUCCAAGUCAUCCUGAACCAAAUAUGGGCGUCAGCCCAAAACCAUCAGGCAAGCCACUUUAUGACUCCCCUAGUCAGAUUCCAUCUCCAAUUCAUGAAACUACACUUGACCAGCAUUCAACUCACCAGCCUCAAAGAUGGAAUUCUAUGGAGGAUGACUAUUACUAUUCGUACCCAAGUGUAUUUGAUUCUCAAAACUCUUUUUCUGAGCGGGCUGAACCACAGACCUUAGACAAAUCCACAAGUGAUACAAUAUCAACCACUCAUAAGGAUCAUCAACAUUCAUUUCACUAUUAGGUGGAAAUAUGUUGAGGAUUAAAAGAUCAUAAUGCAUUAUUUGCUGGUCGCAAGUUUAUAAAUGUGUUUGAAAUUACAUAGUGGUCUUUGUAUUACAUUGUUCUCUUCACCAGAGAACCAUGUGUAGAAAAGUAUAUUUGUAGAAUUAUAUGUUUUUGUAAUGAAACUAUUAUGCAAAAACAAAAAUAUUUAGUAAAUUUUGGAAGAUUUAUCCCAGUUAAUAACAGGAUUAUCUGUAUUUAUAGUUUUA